AACCACUGCGCCCUUCAGAAAACAAGGAUAACGUGGGAGGUCAAGCUUCAAGCUUCAAGGCCAGUCCAGGAAUUGCCGAUCCUGGCGCCAACCAUCGAAUGAAGUCGGGCAAGCGAUCUCCAUCGUAUAGUCCUCGACCAUGAAGGAUACCACAAGGCGCCUCCUCUUGUUGAGCUUCUCGUUGUGUUCCGUUGAUUCUUUUUGCCAGAAUCCACACUUCCUUCCCACUAAAUUAGAAGAUUCUGCCUACUCAAAUAAGCCAUUCCACUCCUCUGGUCUCAAUCUCUACCACGAGAAGCCGCUGUCAAACCAUCGUGGUCGUUUCAUUUUCCUUGUCCUAACUUAUUGGAGAACUACAUGCUUAACCAAUUCCAUGAAGUCCUUUGAAAAGCUAUAUCAUGCUCCCGCGCUUCCACCUAGUUCGUUAAAUCGAGAAGCUGGCCAAAAGUUGGCAUCUAACGGAUGCGUUGACCAUUUGAACAUGCAGUCUGCCAGGCGGCGGUCCCGAGAGGAGAUGCAAAGAAGAGCACCGUGAGCUGGCACCCAACGUAUCAACAGAAGAAUCGUGCUGUACAUGCACUUUAUAGAUAUAAAUAAGUUACGAAAGGACAUGUUUCGAGGCUCGAUCACAGAACCACGCGCGCGGAGGCCUUACUAUAAACCGAGGGUGCAGGUUUCUUGGAAGGUGACGACCGAUUCAUCGGGGCACGGUCCUAUGAGAAAAGUCAGCCUAAACAUAUCUUCUAGAGACAGAAAGUGAACACU